AUGCAUAUGAUAUAUCUUCGAAGACGAUGAUCUGAGUCUCCAAAGAAAGCCCUUGAUGGAGGAAAAGCGCAAAGACACCGGAAACCAACCGGCGGCUAGCUCAGCCGCCGCCGCUUCCGCCACCGCCACAGUCACCGCUACACCACCGAAACAGUCGGAUACGGCGGCGUCUGAGCAACCUUCUUCAAGGCGUAGAGGCCAAAAGAGGAAAGGGUACAACAAUAGUAGUGGUAACACAUCGAACUCCGGAGCGACGUCGUCGAAGCGGCAAGCACGAGAGAAGCUCUCUGCGGUUCCAUUCCCUCCGAUCCACAACGGUCCGUGCACCAGAGCUCGCCAAUCCCCCAACACUGCCGCCGCAGCAGCGGCAGCGGCUUCGUUCGCCUCGUCGUCGUCAGCGGUGGUGAAAAAUGAGCAGGGGGCGGUGGUGCCGCUGGAGUUUGGUGGAGGAAAAACGGCGAAGGCGGCGGAGGAAGAAUUGAAAGCCGCAAAGGAGGAUUUGGAGGCGUUGGAGGGGAAGAUUGAAGCCGAAUAUGAAAUUAUUAGAUCGCGUGGUACUAAUGCUCAUGUGGUUCCGAUUCACUGUGGUUGGUUUUCCUGGACGAAAGUUCAUCCACUGGAGGAGCGGGCAUUGCCUUCUUUUUUUAAUGGGAAGUCACAGAAUCAGACUCCCGAAAUAUACAUGGAGAUACGUAAUUGGAUUAUGAAUAAAUUUCACGCAAAUCCAAACACACAAAUUGAAUUGAAAGAUUUGUCAGAGCUCUCAGUUGGAGAGUUGGAUGCCAGGCAAGAGGUGAUGGAUUUUUUGGACCAUUGGGGUUUGAUUAAUUUCCACCCGUUACAAGAGACUGAUUCUGUAAUGGAGAAUGCUGAUGCCAAUGGAGCAGCAAAGAUGGAUUCUUUGGUUGAAAAAUUGUAUUGCUUUGAAACGGAACAAUCAUGCGCACCAGUUCCUAGGACUAAUGUGGCAACACCAGUCAUUCCAUCGAGGUUUUUUCCGGAGUCCGCUGUUGCUGAAGAGUUGAUGAAGCCUGAGGGGCCAUCGGUUGAGUACCAUUGCAAUUCUUGUUCAGCUGACUGCUCUCGCAAGCGCUACCAUUGCCAGAAGCAGGCAGAUUUUGAUUUAUGUACUGAGUGCUUCAAUAAUGGGAAGUUUGGCUCUGAUAUGUCUCCAUCGGAUUUCAUUCUUAUGGAGCCUGCUGAGGUUCCUGGUGUAAGUGGUGGAAAGUGGACAGAUCAGGAAACCCUCCUCCUCCUUGAAGCAUUGGAACUUUAUAAAGAAAACUGGAAUGAGAUUGCUGAGCAUGUUGCCACAAAAACCAAAGCUCAAUGUAUCUUGCACUUUGUUCAAAUGCCAAUUGAGGAUACUUUUCUGGACUGUGAUGAUGAAAUUGAUGCAAGUUCCAAAGAAAAUGCUGAUCCAGUUUCAACCAAUAAUGAUUCUUUGGCUCCUAAAGAUGCGCUUGAAACAACAGAGAGUAAAGUUGUUGCAAAUGAAAAUCAGAUGCUGUCCUCCCCAAUGGAUAUUUCAAAGUCAGAAGAUGCUGAACUGGAAGUUAGUAAGGAAACUAGUGAGAACUUUGCACUCAAGGCACUCACAGAAGCAUUUGAAGCUGUGGGUUCUUUUCCUACGGUUGGAGAUCAGCUAUCAUUUGCUGAAGCUGCAAACCCUGUCAUGGCGUUGGCAGCAUUCCUGGUAGGAUUGGUGGACCCUAGUGUUGCUACUGCCUCAACCCGUAAUUCUUUAAAAACCAUUUCUAGCAAUUCCUCUGGCAUGCAUCUGGCUGCAAGGCACUGUUUUCUUCUGGAAGAUCCACCUGAGGACAAGAAAAAAUCAGUUGAUUCUGAGAGAUCUGUCGUGCAAAUGGUUGAGCAGCAGGAUGCUGAGGAAGAUGAUAACCAGAAUGAUGGAAAGCAGAAAGAGAAAAAGUCUGACUCAGUUUUGGAUGGCUGUGAUAUGUCAAAUGAUAACAACCAUGAAAAAGAUAAGGAUUCUGUAACAGAAGAAAACGGACAGUUGGUUUCCCCUAGUGGCGAAUGUAUAGACGAUGACCAUGCUGUAAAAGAACCCAAUAUAGUAGAUACUAGUGAGGAUGUUGCACCUGUUCCUUUGAAUGAAACAGAUAAUGUGGAUUUGUCAAAAGACCAGGCACUGAGUGCUAUGGAAGAAUCGAAUGAUUUAAUAUCCAAGGAUGAGCUGCUUCCAAGUUCUGUAAAGGAGUCGGAAGCUUCAGGGGGUAGGUCCUCUCCAUGUGCAGAGGCUCCAAAGGAUGCAGAUGCAGUACCCUUGGAAAACGAAGAGCCCAAGGAACUGGUGACAUCAAAUUCAAUGGUUGACAGUGGAGCAAUCACAGGCGAGGAAGAAGCAAAAGACAGUAAGAAUGCAAAUGAAGACCCUUCGGACAGUAAGAAUGCAAAAGAAGACCCUCCGAACAAUAAGAAUGCAAAUUUAGACCCUUUGGAAAGUAAGAAUGCAAAUGCAGACCCUUCUAAAAGUGAAAAUGCAAAUGAAGACCCUUCGGACCGUAAGAAUGCAAAUGAAGAUCCUUCGGACAAUAAGAAUGCAAAUGAAGACCCUUCGGACAGUAAGAAUGCAAAUGAAGACCCUUCGGAGACCAAAAAUGAUCACGGUAUUGAUAAGAUAAAGCGUGCUGCAGUUAGUGCAAUCUCCGCUGCUGCAGUAAAGGCGAAGAUUCUUGCAAACCAAGAAGAAGAUCAAAUUCGACAACUUGCUACAUUGUUGAUCGAAAAGCAGUUGCUCAAGUUGGAGAACAAGUUGGCUUUCUUUUCUGAAAUGGAAAAUCUGGUAAUGAGGGGAAGGGAACAAUUGGACAGGUCUAGGCAGAGGCUGUACCAUGAGCGGGCACAGAUAAUCGCAACUAGACUUGGCUUACCAGCUUCCUCGUCCAGACCCAUGCAACAAUCUUUACCCAUCAACAGAGUUGCAAUGGGUUUUGCUAAUGCAGCACCAAGACCCCCAAUGAGCAUGACCUCUCAAAGGCCACCAGUUUCAAGGCCUAUAAUGACAUCAGGUCCUCCCACUCUAAAUCCAUUUGUUCCUGCUGCAACGGCGGCAAAUUCAGUUCGGCCUUCAAAUCAGGACAAACUUUCAUCAAUUGGAAUGAAGUGAUCUUUAGUUGAGAACAUGUACAACCUCAUUGAUGCUUUUACAGUGGUGCUUCGCAAUUAAUUUUACCAGACACAUCUUGGAUUAAGUCCUGAAGAUCACAGGUGAAAGCAUUUUCUUCGUAUGUGGCACCUAAAGACUGACGAUCUAUACCAGCAAAUGCGGUUGGCAUCUGAUUGGAGCCCUCCUCGCAGAAGCCACUUUUUUAAGGUGAUGAAUAGUCAGGGAAGGCCAAAUUUUGCAACUCAUGGCUUGGGUUACAGAUGAUGUCUGACCAUUUUCUGAGCCAUCGAGAAGGUAUUUGUUGUUGGCUGAAACGAUAUCUGUGCGAAACUCUGUAUCUCUCGCAACCUCUCACCAAAAUCUGUGCAAUUCAAUGCUCUGUUUUCUGUAUUAGUAUUAUUUGCUGCCUCAAGAUGUAAGAAAUUAAAUUGGGGCUACAGAUGCAUAUAGAUAGUUAGUGUUAAAGUUGAUUUCGCCGCUACUCUGGUUCAUCAAUGGUUUGAAUAUUCAGAUGCUUUAUGCAUGUCUAGGUGAACAGAAAUUGUAUGUCUUUUUGCUGAAUUUGAUAGUAGUAGAUUCUAACAGGACAUUUGGCCUUUAUUUGUUAA